AAUGAAUAAUAAUAAAUUCCAGUCUCAGUAAUGGCAAAUGUUAUAUGCAAAACAUAAACAGACAGUAGAUAAAAUAGAACAUCGUGAAUAUAAAUUCCUUAAUGAAGUAGAACUCUAAUUAUAGAGAUGUAAUUUCUUAUAUGAUAAAUCUAGAAAGGGAUGCCAACAAAAAGGUCAAAAAUAGUUAAUAUUUCAAAUAAAAGUAAAUACUCUCUCGUAUCAUUGAAUCUAAUCUCAUUCUCUCUAAAAAAUUGUAUUAUAUAGAACAUAGAAAAUAAGCAAAGUUCAUGUAAAUAACUAAUAAAAUUUAUUGUGAAGCACCGAUUCGUUGGUCAACCAAAUCAUUAAGAGAAGAAACUUAUAAUAAAAUCAAAGAAGAAAAUCAUAAAUAGUUCAAAAGAAUUACUCAUGUCAAAGGAACUCUACAAACUUAAUGA